ACAACGGGCGCAUGUGACUUCCAGUUUGUAAGGAGAGAACAAACAGGAGACUGGUGCCUCAGGCCGGCGCAUGUCCCCAGUGAGAGCGCGGGGCAGAGCUCUCAGCCUUCACUUCCGGGGGAGGAGGACACUAGAGCAGCAGCUGCAGCAGCAGACGCACUGGAUCAGCAGCCCCGGGACUGGAGCUGGAGGGGGAUGAUCGGAUUCCCAGCAGCCCUGUUGGAUUGUAUGUUCCGCACGAGUGGAAUUAUACUGUUACACACACACAUCGGCCUGUGAGUAUUACUACAGCUCCCGGCGGAGUGUCAGUCUUACAUGUGGGCUGUAACGUGUAGUAGAGAUAGAGAAGAAGGUUUCUAAGGAACCCUUGUAGGAGACUGUCUGGCAGACGUCACAUUACCCACGUACUGUAUAACCCUUCUCUGUGUGAAUUCAGGUGAAGCGAUCAUCCUUUUUGUGAUCAGGGCAGAAAGAAACAAGAUGUCUACAUUUCUGAAUCAACUUAAGCGGACAACUGCAUAUGCCUGAAAGAACUGACAUGCAAAACCACAUUUGGGUAAAGGAAGAUAACGUUUUGGACUAUAUUGCAAACAGAUUGCUUGGAAUUCCACUGUAAUCGUUCUUAUAUGCAAAGAUCACACUUAAGGAAUGGCAAAAUCACGAUCAAGAUCUCCCAGUUGGAAACACAGGCAACCAGCAUAUAGAAGUCCUGAACACCAGAGGCAAAAGCACUUUCAGGAUCACUGCAGUCAAGAAAACGGAUUUAGAAGAAAUUCUAGGAGACCUUUACACUGGGAGGAAGGAAGGCACAGGCAGAACAACACAAGGACACAGAAUUUUAAUAGGUUCAAUGAUAAACCUUAUGAGCUGGAUUCCUUUCCUACAAAUUCAAGAAAAUCACCUGUGGACAAAUUUGAUCGAGAAAAGAGGAUAUACUCCCCAGAGAGGCACAGAGAUCACAACAAAUCGCCUAUCGAAAAAUUUGAUAGAGAAAAAAAAAUAUACUCUCCAGAGAGGCACAGGCAUAAUAAUAAAUCUCCUAUCGACAAAUUUGAACGAGAAAAAAGGAUAUAUUCCCCAGAGAGGCACAGGGAUGGCAAUAGAUUUGGUCCUCCAAGGUUUUCUGAAGAAGCACCUUAUCGAGACAAUGAUAACGGUUAUUAUCACAUAAAUCAAGGACAUAAUACGCAUGAAGAUUCAAGUGAUUUUAGAGUAGGAAGAAGAGAGGAUGAUAUCCAUGGACAUUAUCCUAGUGAAAAUAAUUGGGAAUGGUCCAAUAAUCAAGAUCACUGGAACAAUCAAAAUCAAAAUGAUGAAAUUUUGCCACCACCAAGGAGACACUCUCAGGACUUUGGUGAAAGGAGCUCUUUUCAUAAAAGGUUUCCUGAGGAUCAAGCUUUCCGAGAGCAAGAACCACCUUUUAAAAGGCUUAGAGAGAAUGAGAGAUCUGACUUAAGAGAGCAACACAGAAAUUCCCACUGGAAAACUGAUCAUUCAUUUCAACCUUAUGGCAAAGAUUGGCCAAAAGACAUGGACCUUGGUGACCCUCGUCCUUUCGUUCACAGGACAAACACUGGAGAAUUUAAAAAAAUAGAAUAUGACUAUAGUCAUAGAUCUCCAAACUAUGUUGGCAAAGAACAAAACUCCCGUGAUGACCGUGAUCACAAAUACAGCCGGCACGAGGAGAGAACCCAUAAUCGUACCAGAAAUUCUCAUCAUGGUAAACCACUGGACAGUCAUUUCAAAGACAAUGGCAGCAAAAUUACUGAAAGAAUUCCAGAAUUGUCUACUAAAUACAGUUCAAAACACAGUCAGAAUUUUAACAGUGAUUCAUACAAACAAGAUAUAAAAGGGAGACCUCCAAGUCCCAGACAAAAUGAUAGAAAAGAGGAUGAGUUAAGAAAGCAAUCUCCUUCUCCGCAUAACUGGAAAGAUAAAACUCCUAAAACUACAGACCCAAAGGCAUCGCAGAAGACCAUGCCAGCAGCGGAAACUAUCAUGGUCAGUUUGGCUUUGAAGAACCCGGCGGAUAAGUAUAGAGAUGGUGUGAGCCCAAGUGACAGACAAAUGUCUCAGGAUUUAGUAGCCACUGGUAGAAAAGAAUCCUUUCACUCAGUGUUUAAGCACAUCGAAAGCUCCAAUGAAAUUCCUCCUAGUAGACCGAAAACGGAAUUUACUCAGGAAAUUAGAACGAUCAUUCAUGAAGUAAAAGCAAACCAUUUUAAGUCGACUGACUUAACACUUCAUGAGCGCUUCUCCAAUCUGAAGUCCAAUGACAGUAUUCAAGAAUCAUCCUUAAAUAUUACUGUACCACAGACCAACCCGGAGAUACAUAGGAGAAUUGAUAUCUCACUUGAAGACCUUCAAAGCAAAUCACUUAACAAAAGAAUAGAAGCUCCUCCGGUAAGCCACAGAGUGAUUGAAGACCCAAAUGAUUUACGACAUGAUAUAGAGAGGAGGAGGAAAGAGAGACUGCAGAGUGAAGAAAAUGGUGGAACAGAUGUCAGUGUCGGCGAGAGAGCACAAAAGCAUCAAGCUGGAGAUUUUCAGAACUCUUCAAAGUUGAGCAGACCUCCCUUCCGAAAACCAACAGGCCGACACCCGGGUUCCUACUACAGAGGAAACCCCAAUCAGUACUACAAUUCACAAAACUUUGAAGAUACAAAUGGAAUCAGAAGGCCCUAUAAGGGGCAAUGAAACUGCCAAGAAAAAGAGGUGAUCCAUACCCUGCCUGUUCUAGAUUGGCCAGCUUGUGUAGCAUAAAGAUGGAAGCAUCCAUGAUAAAAAAAAAAAAAAAGAAUUUUAUUUUUCAGUAGUGCAAUGCUGCGCAACAUUUUUUACCGUUUUCACAGAUGCUUUUUCUAUGACAGUAUUCAGCGGGACGAUUGGUCGUGGAGGGAGCCGUCGGAAAGGGGGUCUUAUUUAUUACAUGCAUUUUUCUUAAAGCAUGCUUUUUCAGAGGCUUUUUUUGUUGCAUUUGUUACUUCUGAAACUUUAUAUGUUGAAUAGGUUUGUGCAUUAAUGUAAUUAAAGUGCCUGAAUUGUU